AUGAUCAUAACAACUUCAAAUGAGCAACAGCCUCUUCUGCGAGGGCCGAGCUCAUCAUCAUCUUCAAUAGCUUCCCAUCUGGACGGAAGCCAGUACGGAUCGCUAUCGCAAAAUGCUGACAAUACUUUGAGUCGCGAUGUUUCAUGGAAUGCAACUGCUGAAGAGGAGAAUUUCAUCCAGCUUCGAAGAGGGGUGUCUGUUACUUCUCCUAGAAUGCAACAUCUUGGAUUGACAAUGUCGAAGGACCCGGAAGACGGGCGGCUUUUGGAAGUGGAGGCGUCUCUAGCACCAGAGGUGAGGAUGAUAACAAAGAUGUCCAUUCCUCUAAUCAUCACUUUCCUAUUGCAGUACUCGUUAACCGUGGCAUCUGUUUACGCAGUUGGAAAUUUGGGUGCUGACGAAUUGGCGGCAGUCUCACUUUCCAAUUUAUUGGCCAGCAUUUCCUCUUAUGGAAUAAUCCAGGGAACAGCAUCCGCUCUAUCAACACUCUGUCCCCAGGCGUACGGCCGAAAGGAUUAUAAAACAGUGGGCCUCCAGUCUCUUAGAUGUGCAUGCCUUUUAUUGAUAAUCUACAUCCCGAUCUUCGCCGUCUGGUACUGGGGGUCCUAUCCGAUUCUCAACUUCUUGGCCCCCGGUAUCAAGGCCACCUACUUGGCUUCCAGAUAUCUAAGGAGGCUUUCCUUUGGUGUUCCCGGCUUUAUUGUUUUCGAAGUCACCAAACAGUAUCUUCAGGCUCAGGGAAUCUUUCAUGCUUCCACGUGCGUCUUGGCGUUCUGCGCCCCGUUGAACGUGGCCCUCAAUAUUACAUUGGUCUGGGACAAGCACAUAGGAAUGGGAUUUGAAGGGGCACCAACAGCAGUUUCCAUCAUUAACUGGCUUAUGGCCAUCAUGCUCGUUUUAUACGCUGUAUUUAUCAACGGUUACCAGUGUUGGUGUGGCUUCUCGAAAGAGGUGUUUAAGCAUUGGGGAAGAUUGCUAACUCUUGCCGGUCCAGGCGUUCUUAUGAUUGAAGCCGAGUGGCUGGCAUUCGAGAUAAUUGCCAUUGCAUCGUCUCGUUUCGGCACUGUGGCUCUAGCUGCACAAUCCAUCGUUGCUACAACUUGCGUCACCGUCUAUCAAAUUCCAUACGCAAUCUCCGUUGCUGCCUCCACAAGAAUUGCCUGGUAUAUUGGGUCUGCAUCUGAGGCUGCUGCACAUACUGCCACAAACGCCUCACUGAUAGUGGCAACGGGCUUGGGAUUCGUGAAUGCAUUCUCCUUGGCCGCAUUAAGAACGUACACAGCCAGGCUAUUCACUCACGAUGAAGAUGUUAUUGUGUUGGCAUCGAGAGUUCUUUUGGUAGGAGCCGCUUAUCAGCUGGGUGACGUUCUCAGUUGUGUUGCUGGAGGAAUAUUGAGGGGCCAGGGAAGACAGUAUAUUGGCGGAUGGCUAAAUCUCACAUGCUACUACGUGAUUGCCCUACCCGUGUCAUACUACUGUGGUUUCCAUCUGAAGUUGGGGCUACCAGGCUUGUGGCUGGGUAUGGUUGUUGCAUUGGGCACAAUUUCAAUUGGUGCUGUUAUUGCUGUUCUUACCACCAACUGGCGUGUGCUCAUUCAGAAGUCAGUUGAAGAUGGUCUGAGUGAUUAUCAACGGACUAUUUGCUCGGAUUCAACCAGCAUCCUCUCUAGAAAUGAUAGAUCAGUUGCUGCUCGUGUCAGUCACAAUAUGCUCUCUCCUGUUGCCUCUGCAAGCGGUGCUGAAAUUAUGGCUUCCUAG